CGCCCCGAAUGGUGUCGCGUCAAUAGCGCUCCGGCUGGAGUUCGCUCGUGCCCGCGGUGAUCCUUCAGAGUCGGACAGAGGAAGAGUCAAGAUGAGCGGCAGAGUUCUGGUCGGAGUUAAACGGGUCAUUGACUAUGCUGUCAAGAUCCGGGUCAAGCCUGACCACACAGGGGUGGUGACGGACGGCGUCAAGCAUUCGAUGAACCCUUUCUGCGAGAUCGCGGUGGAGGAGGCCGUCAAACUCAAGGAGAAGAAGCUCGUCAAGGAGGUCGUGGCCGUCAGCUGCGGGCCUCAGCAGGUUCAGGAGACGAUCCGGACGGCUCUGGCCAUGGGUGCGGACCGUGGCAUACACGUGGAAGUGUCCGGAAAAGACUACGAGACGCUCGGCCCCCUGCAGGUCUCCAAGAUCUUGGCUGCUCUCGCUAAGAAAGAGCAAGCCGAUCUGAUCGUUCUGGGGAAACAGGCCAUAGAUGACGACUGCAAUCAAACCGGACAGAUGACGGCAGCGCUGUUGGACUGGCCCCAGGGAACCUUUGCUUCUGAGGUGAGCGUAGAAGCAGACAAGCUGAAGGUGGUGAGAGAAAUCGAUGGGGGUUUGGAGACCAUUAAGAUCAAAUUGCCAGCCGUGGUGACCGCUGACCUCCGUCUCAACACUCCCAGAUACGCCACGCUGCCCAACAUCAUGAAAGCGAAGAAAAAGAAGAUCGCGAAUGUGAAGCCUGCAGAUCUGGGAGUGGAUGUGAGCUCACGGCUGGAGGUGCUGAACGUCAAUGAACCGGCUCAGAGACAAGCUGGAGUCAAAGUGGAGACGGUCGAUGAUCUGGUGGGGAAACUGAAAGAGGCUGGAAGAAUAUAGAGGAAGCAGAUGCAGGAGCGGUGCAGGCUCACGCCGAAGGUCUCUCAUCGCUGGUGACGGAGCAAACUUUGAGGCCAGUAAAGUCCGGUUCGGCCCCGUCACGAAUCCAGACCAGACCCGUGUAGAUCCUGUAGUACCUGCUCCUCCGUGUGUGACUCUUACGUUCACGUGGAUGCUGAGAGACGCUGCUCCGUCAGCAGCCAUCCGUCCCUCACCAGUUUUUUCAGUGCAUUUCUAGGCAAAGCACAUCAAUAUCGUAGGGAACAUUCUGAAUGCACUAAUAAGCCAUUUUAAGCCGGUUUCAUUGCUCAAAAUCAGAACCGAUCGGACCUUUUUCUGUGAUUCCUGUCAUUUACUGUGUAAUUAAAAAGCUGUUAUCGCUGUAGUAUAGUUAUGCUGUUUAAAUUUUGUUGUUGUUUUUUUAAGGACAGUGUCUCUCAGCAUAACGAAUCACGUUACCUCAAGCGCCUCUGAACGAGUCCUGAUUGUACAGUAUCAUUUGACGGCAAUAAAAAGUUGUCUUUUUCAUAUGCGCA